AUGAAAAGCUAUAAGCUUGUGUACAAGCCUGAGCAGGGAGAGAAAAGGUUUCUGUUUACAAAUGUGGAUGUGAAGGAGCUUUCUGGGCCUGUAACGAUUUCGAGGGAAAGACCCCUGAAGGAGGAGGUUGUGUUCAACACGAAGAAGAAGAGCGAGCAGGUUGAGUAUGAGGACGAGGAGUACAAGAAGCUGAAGGAGAAGGAGGGAUGCUUGCUGGUUCUGGAGGAUGCGGAGAGCAGGGCGUAUUCUGGGAAGAUGCAGGAUCUAGGUGCAAGCGGAUCGUGCUAUUUUGUGUUUAUCAACACUGGGACUUAUCUGAAGGUUGUGCCCAUACGGAAAUGGUAUCGUUUCAGCCAGAAGUCCCAGUUGGACAUUAUCCAAGAGUAUGAUAUGGAGGGUGUUGGAGAAGAGAAUGGGGGAGGAGAGGAGGACAAGGUAUCAUCUGAGGAAAAGGAAGAAAUUGACUUUGAUGAGGACUUUGAUGACGACGAUGGAGAGGAGACGAAUGUGUUUGUUAUCCGCGAGAAGAGGCUCAACAGUGCAGGGCGGCGGAUGAGGAAUAUUAUGGAGAACUAUGAGGAGAAGGAGAAGAGCGACGUUUCGGAGGAGAUGGAGGAGAGAGAGGUGAAGGAGGAGCGUGUGGACAGGGCUCUUACGAAGGAUGUGCUUAGAGGGAUGUUUAGAGGGGGGAGGAUUGCGCUAAGGGAUCUUCUCCGGGGAGUGAAGACACGGUUUGGGCUUAACGAUGAGGAGAAGGAGCUUGUAAAGGAGUUUAUUGGGGAGAACUGUACCUUUGAUACUGACGAGGGAAAUAAAGAAAAAUAUCUUGUUCUGAAAAAAUGA